AUGAUAUCCUUUGUGGAGAAACAGGAGAAAGGGCUGGCCGAUGACACAGAUGAUCUCUCCACUGGCCGGCGGCUGCUCAUCUUCUGCUUGCCACCCUGGACUAAAAGGACAGCUGCUGUGGGCCCCUGUCUUCCUCUGAAAUGCAACCAGUGUACUGGAAGACCAUUUGAUUGUGUAGAGUCUACUCAACUAUGUACCCUCAACCAGACCAGCUGCAUGUCACAGUCCUUCACCUACGUAGAGAAUGGGACCAGCACGGAAUGGACAUACAAGGGCUGUUCUCAGGGACUCAGGUGCAACGAGUCGGUGUACGUAGACAUGGGAUAUAGGAAAACGUAUAUAAGUUCUCAGUGCUGCAUCUCAGAUAUGUGUAACAGCGGCACGUACUACGCUCGUGUGCCCGUGGCUGUACUAUAUUGCCAGACAUGUCAGGGGAACAGCGCCAGCUGUGCCAGCACCAACCUGACCACAAUCCAGUGUGCUGGGGUGCAGGACCGAUGUAUAACCCUCUCCACCGUCUAUAACAAUGUUUCCAGCUCAGAUGUAGUGAUCAAAGGCUGCGGAACUGGAAAUCUCUGCGGACGACGACUGCAUUAUAACACCGGAGGGGUAAAAGUCUAUUCGGAGAUGUCAUGCUGCGGGUACAACAAGUGCAACCAGGGUGUAAAUACAGUGACAGUGAACACACUAGUGAACACAACUCUGAAUGGUCUGCAGUGCUAUGCAUGCAAUGAGACGGGCAAAGGAGAAUGCACUACACCGACCACCGUCUCGUGCACAGGGAGCAUGACCUCAUGCCUGGAUGUAUUAGGCUAUCCCCGGGGGAACACUCUGAUGCGUGGCUGCUGCUCCACAGACGUGUGUUAUGGCCUAUCAGCUUCCAUGUCCCUCCAGGCCAGCCAGAAGUUGUACUGCUGCAAUGGCAACCUGUGUAACAAUGGAAAGAUCACAUCAUAUUUCUCAUCUGGAACAACCAUGGCACGCGGCAGGGUCUACAUCAUAGCCGGCGCUUUGUUGGUGCUUGUGGAACUUCUACGGACGUUACUUUAA